UAUAAGUAGCCAACUAUCUUUAUACAAAAGGAAAAGACUCACAAGAAUGUAUACUGCCAUGGAACCCACCCUGUUUUUAAUGUUAAUUGCAGAAGUACUUCAGGACAUUGGCUCAGUGUCAGCUCUAUCUACCACGGCAACACCUCCAACUCCAGGACUGUCUCUAAGGCUUGCUGGCACGUACAACUAUUGUGAGGGACGCGUGGAAGUGUAUUAUAAAGGAGCCUGGGGAACUGUCUGUGGCAACAACUGGGAUAUAAAAGAUGCUGAGGUCGUUUGCCAACAGUUAGGAUGUGGGAAUGCUGUAGAAGCCCUGUCCUGGCCUAAAUUUGGCUCAGGCUCAGGCAAAAUUGUCCUAAGUGACGUACAAUGCAAAGGAGAUGAAUUUUUUCUAUGGGAUUGUAAGAACCCUGGAUGGGAAGUGCAUAACUGCAAUCAUGAACAGGAUGCUACCGUUCUCUGCACAGAUGAAAAGUAUAAACCAGCUGGAACCGAAGGAGAUGUGGUGUUUAUGCAGCUGGUGGGUGGCCCAAACCGAUGUGCUGGUCGUGUUGAAGUCACUUUUUUUGCCAACUGGAGAAAGGAGGUUUGCAGUGAAGGUUGGGACAUAAGAGAUGCUCAGGUUGUCUGCAAUGAACUGUACUGUGGCACUGCUCUUUCUGCCUUGAGCGACGGCUCUUUUGGUAAAGGGGACAGCGGCCCUUUGAUGACUCAUGUAGAUUGCUCUGGGUCAGAAGAUUAUUUACUGUCAUGCCCAUAUGAGUAUCGUCCUGCUACAUGUGGAAAUUACAACGAUGCUGCUGUUAUAUGCUCUGAUUCUGGAUUGACACCAACUGGAAUGCCAGAUUUUGGAUCAAGCACAAUUUUUGCUUAACAGGCCUCCUCUGAAAAUAAACGAGAAAAAAAUAUUAGCCUAAUAAAAGACUCACACCUCUUUCUAUAUCAAGAUACUUCAAGAUAUGGGAAUCAUAAUUCAAUCCAAGAAACUACUAUUUGGCCAAUCUAGUAUAUUGUAUGCUUACUUUGUGAAAAGAAAGGAAGUUUCCAGUGACAUUAGACAAAACAAGUGUGAACAUGCAUCCCUUGAUAAAGAAUCCAUGAUUAUGUACCUCUCACUGUAAAGUUUUGCCCAGAAUAAAGAAAGAGCUGAUAUAAUAAUAAUUAAUAAUAAUUAAUUUGCAUGUACUACAUGCAACAUAUAUAAGGAUGUUAUUUUUGCCUAUUUCUUCCUACUAUAGCAUCUUUAUUGCCUUGUUGGUCCAACUCUCUCACUACAUAAGCACAAAACAGUAUGAGAGCCUUUGUAGUAUAUAUUUAGAUUCCUGUAACAGAGUCCAGAAAGAGCCAACUGGUACAAAAUGCAGCUAUUAACUAAUGCACAAUUGUAUGAGCUUAUCAUUUUAUGUAUGAGAUAGAUUAAAAAUUAAAUUUGAAACUGGGCCUAUUUAUAAAGAUCCACUUUCUGAGGCAUACUGGAAAGAACUUUUAUCAAUUCCAAAUUAUAAAAUGUGUUUUCUUCAGAACUAAUAUUGAUUUCAUCUCUAUAUGUUUCUAAUGGCGGUUUUAAAAUAGUCAGGUUCAUUUUUAAUCUCUGCUAUUAACCGUCUUGAGGUUAAUUGUUGAAAGACAGCAUAAAAGCAACAUAAAUAUUUAAUAAGAAAAUAGUCAGAUUUUGGGACAUUGAUUUAAAAUUGAAAUAAUAAUUGUUCUAUACACUUGUCUAAUUGUUAUUUAAUUUAUCUAAUAUAUAAUUGUUAAAUUAGAGAGGAGGUUAGUACUUCAGUGAUCAUUUUUAAGAAGAAAAAUAUAUUCAAUUUCCAUUUUUUAGAACAUUUUAAACAUUGCCAUGAAAUAAACCUUACAUGAUAUCUAACAA